GCAGAACACACGCAUCACAAGCAAAACGAAAACCCCAAAGGCUAAACAUUUCUCGUCCCAAUGAUUUAAUUUUUGUACUUCUUCAGUUUUUUUCUCUUCGAAUUCUUCUUCUCAUCAAUUUUCAAAAUUUUCCAUUUUAUGAACUUCGUGUUUUGUACGAUUUCAUUCGAUUCGUUUCUUAGCAAUCCUGUUAGUGCUUCAAAUCUCCACAGUCAAUCCUGGGAUAAUGAGUGCAGUUAACAUUACUAACGUCGCGGUGUUGGACAAUCCGGCGUCGUUUUUAAGCCCCUUCCAGUUCGAAAUCUCCUACGAAUGUGUUACUCCUCUUAAAGACGAUUUGGAAUGGAAACUCAUUUAUGUUGGAUCUGCUGAGGAUGAAACUUAUGACCAACUACUAGAAAGUGUUCUUGUUGGGCCAGUCAAUGUGGGAAAUUAUCGUUUUGUUCUGCAGGCAGAUGCCCCAGAUCCUUCGAAGAUCCGCGAAGAAGAUAUAAUUGGCGUGACUGUACUUCUCUUGACCUGCUCUUAUAUGGGUCAAGAAUUUGUUCGGGUGGGCUACUAUGUCAACAAUGAUUAUGAUGCAGAGCAGCUGAGAGAAGAGCCACCCCAAAAGAUCUUGAUUGAUAGGAUUCAAAGGAACAUAUUAACUGACAAACCCAGGGUAACUAAAUUUCCCAUUAAUUUUCACCCUGAAAACAAUGAAAAUGGAGACCAAGGCCCUCAACCUGAGAAUGAUACUGAAGGAGACGGACAUGAAGAACAACAACUGCCUUCACCCAAUACUCAAUCAGACGGGGGUGAACCAUAAUUCUGAUGACUUAAUUUUGUCAAUUCUUAGGCUUUGUCCUUGAAAAUAUGUUCGGCUAUCAUCUUAGGGUCGUCUUCGUUGUGAAAACAGUUCUUUUAGCUCUCAACUUGAAUCUUAAAUGAAGCAAUUCCUGCAAGCUAAAUCAAGUCUGAGGUCCAUUUUGGGGUCGUUAAACUGGUCCUUUGAUACUGCUGUCUGCUGUUCCAAAGUAGGCCUUCAAUUGUAUUUGGUACUGCAGAAAAUACUCAUAGCUUCAAACUUUAAGAUAACAUCAUGAAAGACUCCUGUCAUAGCGUCUGCAUAUAAUGCCUCUUAGCUUCUUGGGGGAAGAAUUCCAUAUUGUGGCGGUAAAAAUUUACAUCUAGUUUGAGGCCAUUGAAAUCUCUUUGCUUGGUUCUGAUCAAAACAUGGUUUGCACAAUUUUCGUUGAGUUAUGCAGCUGAACUCUGAUCUUGUAGCAAUGAAAAGCUCGCUGGAGAGCAGAUCUUGAUUAUAAUCAAACCAUAAAUUCAGCUUAA